AUGAAUAGUGAGGUAGUUGCGGAUGAACCAGAAAAAAAAAAUCCAGUGGAGUCUGAGAAUUCGGAUAGUUUUGUUUAUGGGUCGAUGAAGGUGCCGGAGAAACAAGAGGAAAUAGUGUUGAAAACCAUCCCAAGACCACCACAUCUUUUUCCUCAACGAUUGAGGAAAAAGGCCGAUGAUGCCAAAUUUAGCAAGUUCAUGGCACUUGAUCAAAUGCCAGGAUAUGCAAAAUUCAUGAAGGACCUUGUUACCAAGAAACAAGCAGUGAGUUGCAAAUUAGAGGCAGACCUUCACCUUUGCAAUGCUAUUUUUACAAGGACCUUAAUGCAAAAGAAGACGGAUCCAGGUGCAGUCACUAUUCCCUGCACAAUUAGAACUAUGAAGUUCACUAAAGCACUGUGUGAUCUGGGAGCAAACAUUAAUUUGAUGCCAUUGACUAUUUAUAAAAAGUUAGGUCUAGGGAACCCCACGCCCACCAACAUGAGACUGGUGAUGGCGGACAGGUCAGUAAAGCGGCCUGUUGGCAUUCUGUAUGAUGUGUUGUAA